GUCCACAAUGAGUUCAUCCUUCCCUCUGAGCAGGAGGGCUUCAUCUACCGCAUGCGUGACAUCAUCAAGCGUGCAGAGGCCCUGAUGAAGAGGGGCGAGCCCCUGAGUCUGGGGGACGCUGCCCACCAGCUCUACCCCUACCUCAGCGAAGUGGGCACCCUGUCCACCUCGCAGCCCAAUUUACACACGCAUGGACUGACACGGACACAUUCCUCUUCGUCUUUGCCUGACUUUGCUGAGGGCAGCGUUGCUCAGCUCCGAGGCUCGUCUCCUGUGGCGCCCGUUGGAGACUUCUACAUCGACCCAAAGGCGGUCCCUUCUGUUCGCCCCCUCCGCUCUCAGUCCUUCCAGACCACCUCAAGUUCUUCCCAGACCUUCCACCCGCCUGCUUCCCAUUACUCCCAGUAUUCCCACCCCGACAUCGUGCCCCCUGUGAUGCCCCUCAAUCAGCUGCCUCCCCAGCCCCAGCAGUACCCCAAACCCCUAUGCUCCCCAACACCCACUUCCCCUUCCCCUUAUCCUCCGGCCACCCCAGGGCAGCAGCAGCAGCAGGGGGGUGAAAAGUUACCUCUGAGAUGUGAGGUAGUGGGCAGUACCCCCCUGCCCACCCCUCCAGCCCAGCAACAGCAGAACCCAGGCAUGUGGCCCCCUAACAGCCACAACCAGCCCCUCUUCUCCCUGGCCAACGUGUUGUCCCUGGCCAUGAGCGUUGCCCAGUCCUUCAUGCCCCCCACCUCCAUGCCCAGGGGUCUGAACCCAGGCCAGUCUGGCUCCUACCACCCCUCCAUGUUUGGCCCUCCCCAGCUGAUGCCAGGGGAGGACCUGGCCUGUUGA